AUGGAUUCCAGACUCGACACCGCUGUCACCGUCGAGCAACUCCCUGUUCCCAUCCCUCUUGACUCGGACCGCCGACCCGACCUCACAGCUGAUCCCGCGGCCGGCUUAAUCACAACAGUACAGGAAAUUCCUCAACCACCAACACAGACUCUUAUCAUAGAUCCGCCACCACAGGAGCCGGAGCGUCAGCAGGAUGCGACGCCAGAAACUACGACCGAAGCUCCUCCAGAGGCUGAAACGCCUCAAGUGAGCGAAGCUUCUCAAGAAAACUCAACUCCCCAGGAUAACGAAACUGUCCAAAACACUGAAACGCCUCGUGGGGAUGAAGCCCCUCAAGUGAGCGAAGCUUCUCAAGAAAACUCAACUCCCCAGGAUAACGAAAUUGUCCAAAACACUGAAACGCCUCGUGGGGAUGAAGCCCCUCAAGUGAGCGAAGCUUCUCAACAGAAUCCAACACUCCAGGAUAACGAAACUGUCCAAAAUAACGAAACGCCUCGUGAGGUCGAAGCCCCUCGAGAGAGCGAAGCUUCCCAGAACACUGAAACACAAGAUUCACCAGAUAAUGAUUCUCCGGCGCCAGAAAAUGCGCACGAGAACGCAGACGAGAAUGGGGACGAGAAUGCAGAUGAAAAUGCUUACUGGGUCGAGGAGGAGGAGGAUACCUCAGUCCCGGAUGAGGCUGAAAUGAAGGAGAUUGAGUCCCAAGCGGAGACCGACCGCAGUGCUUUAGAGCACAAUUAUUGGGAGAAGAUUUUCCACCCCGUCGUUGACGACCCGGAGUACGUCCCGAUAGAGAAGGCCCGCCUCACAUGGAAGAUCAAAGGUGUGCGGGGUACCAAGGAAAGCCCCAACCGUGUUAAAAUCCUGCGAUCUCCUCCGGCCUAUAUUGGUGGUUACUGGUGGACGAUCAAGUUCUUUCCCCGUGGAAACAAUGUUGGAUCGUUGAGCGUGUACAUUGAAUGUUCAGACACCAUGCCGAACGCAGACGACACUCUUCCGGAGACAGAGUUCAAAGUCUUCCGUGGCCCUGCAGAUGCAGAACUUGAUGCCGGCACUCCCGAUUUGGACCUUAAAUUCGACAAGAGCGAGAAUGCUGAAGCAUGGGCAGAGAUGUUCAAGGCUAAGUAUCCAGCGGCCGCGAACCAGUCAGAGCCAACCAAGGAUACAUGGAGAGUGUCGGCCCAGAUCGGAGUCAUCGUCUAUAAUCCCGCCGAGCCUCACACGGGCUGGCCACAGUCUUCCUGCAACCAGUUCAACCCACACAACUUGGAUUGGGGGUGGACCAACUUCCACGGACCCUGGGACCAGAUUCACCGACGCCAGCGCGGCAAUCGCCAGGCCCUACUUCGCGAUGACACAUUAGCAUUCGAUGCGUACAUUCGCAUCUUCGACGAUCCGACUCGGUCACUCUGGUGGCACCCUAGUGACUCUGAGCCGACUUGGGACAGCCUUGGGUUGACUGGAUAUCGUCCUCUGGGUGACUCAAUCAUCAACCACAGCGCGGAUGUUGCUGGGCUCGCGACACUACUUCACGUCGCUCCAUUCUGUAAGGUCAUUCAGAACGUCAAUGUCCUGGAACACCUCACGAACUGCGAUGUAAAGCCCAAGCCACUAUGCGAUGCACUGCAGAAGUUCCUUUGGCAGCUACGCCAGCGAGACCAGUCGCUUCAGUAUGUAGACACAGACAUGAUUACAAGCACACUGCGUAACCUGCACGAGGGUUCCACGGAUGUGUGCGAGUUCUGGGAGCGCUUACGCCGCUCUUUGGAGCUAGAACUCGCGGGUACACCUGCUGCAAAGGAACUUGCUCAGAUAUUCGAUAGUCCGUCACCCGACUCUCUCUCUCUUCCCGCGGACAUCCAAAAGGACGCUGUUCACACUAUUCCGAAGGACUCCAACUCGCGAAUCUACGUUCCAGCCGACCAAGUCAAGUCUACGAGCGAAGCCUUCAGCCAUUAUUUCGGAGCCAAACCCGGGCGAUGGGUGCUCCCUCCAGUUCUGCACCUCGAACUGGGCCGUCAGACACUGGACAAGGCUGCUCGACAAUGGCGCCUCCUCUACAACAAGGUCGACUUGAACGAGGAGCUAGAUCUGUCACCUUGGAUCCUAGAUGGUCAGCACGGGAAGUAUGUCCUGUACGGAUACAUUGUCCACCGUGGCCGGCGCACAUCUGGGAAGUUUUUCAGCAUUCUGCGUCCAGGUGGACCGGGCGCCAAGUGGCUCGCUUUUGAUGAUGGCAGUGACAACCGGGUCGAAUGUUUGACUAGAAAGACGGCCCUGGGCCCACACCUUGGCCUGGAUCCGGGCGAGACACCAGACCACAAGUCCGGACACGAUGUGGCUGUUGCUGUCAUGUAUAUCCGCAGCGACGUCAUCAAAGACUUUCUACCCGGUCCUCAGGGACAAUGGGAUGUUUCGGAUGAACUUAAGGAAUAUUACCAAACCGGCGACGUCAAGCUCCCAAACAAGACUGGCGGUGAGACAGAGAGCGAGAACAUCAAGGUCGAAGUGUACUCCCUCAAGAAGUACGAUCAGCUCAGCAGUCUAUUCGACUCAUACGAUCUUAUGUCUCAAGCCAAGGCCGCCGAUAGCGUCAUGUAUUUGACUGUGCCCCGCUCGACAAACCUCAUCGACGUCCGCAAGAAGAUCGGGCUCUGGGCAUCUUCACAAGCCGAGACUGAGAUCAACCCAGAGAAUGUGCGUCUUUGGCAGAUCGGUCAUACCCGUGAAUGCUUUGGGCCUACACUCGCACUUACGCGUAUCUCUGAUCUCACAGCAACCCUUGACCUCCCACUGAACCCUGUUCGUUACUGGUUGCAAAUCGUAUCAGAUGGGGAUGCUAAGUACUUUGCGAUGCAAGACCCAGAACCGCCGGUUGAGGUCAACUCCAAGCCUGAGGAAGCUGUUGCUGAACGUUCUGAUUCCGAGACUUUGGACAAUGCCCAACCGGCCCCAGCUACUGAGAGCGCUGAGCCUAGCUCUUCCAGCUAUUUGCCCGAGGUCUCUCCUGCCAACGAGCGGGGUCCGCUUCCUUCACAGUCAAUGGAGCAGCCUACAGCUAUCGAACCGAGCACAGAUAUUAUUGAGAACACAACACCAGUUGCAGCUGAGGUCUCGGAGGGUGGGAGGGAAGCCCACCCUAAUGAUGCGGUAUCUGCCGAACGUAACGCAGUCCCAGCGCCCGUUCAGUCCGUUCAGUCCGUUGAGCCCGUUGAGCCAAACACUGAGCCAAACACUGAGCCAAACACUGAGCCAAACACUGAGCCAAACACUGAGCCAAACACUGAGAAUACCGCCCAAACUGCAGAGUCUCAACAAACCGAUAUUUCAGUAGGCGCAACUGGACCUGAGGAGACCAUAUCAGCUGAGAACGAUGCCGUCAUCGCGGCCAUCAUUGCCGCGGACGCUCAGCAGCUAGAUGAACAACAGCAGCAGCAGGCUCAACCCGCCGCCGCUGGUCAAGAGGAGCCAUCCACAUCCGAGCAACAAACAGACACUCCGACCGAGGAACAAACCGGGACCCCCGCUAACACUGAAGACGCCACACCCCCAGAGCCGAAGGUAGUCCUACCAGUGGAGCACGUCUACUACUACAUCCAAGUCUUCGACGUCGAAUCUCAGUCUCUCCGCACCAUGGGCUCGUUCUUCUCCCAGAAAGAGGACACCAUCAAGCCCGCCAUCCGCAAGCAUCUCGAAUGGCCCGACACCAAGGACUUCCAAGUCUGGCAGCGAGUCGACGGAACUGAAAUCAUGACCCUUGCGUCAGCAGAGACAUUCGAAAUCAGUCCACCGGACGGGACAUGCUUCAUCGUUGGUGACAAGCUGAACAAAGAGAAGCGCGCCCAACUGAACGAGCGGGCCCUAUUCCCCACUCCUGACAAGCUAGUCCGUUACAUCUGGGCCGAGUCUCGUAAACACCCAAUCAAAGCCUUCACGGGAACCAAAACCACCGACGUCACGUUCACCUCGGACUUUUACAGCGGAGAAUUCAUGAAGGGUUAUUUCCACGGGAAGGGCAAGCACAUCUCCGACUCCGCCGCAACGUACAAUGGCGACUUCGUCCUUGGCAAGCGUCACGGCAAGGGUUCAAUGGAGUACCCAACCGGCGAUGCAUACGAUGGCGACUGGUACGAGGACCAAUGCCACGGCCAGGGGACCUUUGUCGAGCGCAAGACUGGCAACAAAUAUGUCGGCGGGUACAAGGAGGGCAAGCGCCACGGCAAAGGAAUCAGCUACUGGGAGGUUGCAGACGAGGAGAAAGACCUGUGCCAGAUUUGCUUCGGCGAGGAGCAGGAUGCUCUCUUCUAUGACUGUGGCCAUGUCUGCGCUUGUGUGACAUGUGCGCGACAGGUGGAGAUCUGUCCGAUUUGCCGGAAGAACAUCAUCAGUGUUGUCAAAAUCUACCGCACAUGA